GUCACACAGAGGCUCUAGUGGUGCAGCGAACAGACACAAACCAACAACUGAGAUAACAGCAGACUUUAAGUUACAACAGUAGAAGUUACAAGAGUAGAAGUUACGAUUUGAAGACAAAGAACCUAAUUAAAUAAAGACCAUGGAUUUUGAUGAUCAUAUAUACGCAAACGAAAGACCAAUCAAGUCCCACAAGAAGGAUGGUGUUGUUGAUCAACAUUCAGUGUGGAAGAGACGUUUCCUAACUGCUGCAGUGUGUCUGGGGCUGCUGUGUGUUCUCCUAAUGGCUGGGAUCAUAGGCCUGUUACUCUACCAGAGAAACCUAUUGAACAGUUACAACACCCUGACUGCAGAGAGAGACCAGCUACAGAUCAGCUACAACACCCUGACUGCAGAGAGAGACCAGCUACAGACCUGUAAUAAAUAUGGCACAUGUCCCCAAGACUGGAAGAAGUCUUGCUGCAGUUGUUACUACAUCUCCCCUGAUAAGAAAACGUGGGAUGAGAGCAGAAAGGACUGUCAGGCGAGAGGAGCAAACCUGGUGAUCAUCGACAGCAGAGAGGAACAGGCUUUAAUCAAAGCAUUCAACAAAAGAGCCUGGUUUGGUCUGACUGACAUAGAAGUUGAGGGAACGUGGAGAUGGGUGGACGGCACACCACUGACCACAAGUUACUGGAGCAAAGGGGAGCCAAAUGAUUUGCAAGAAGACUGCGCUUUGGUUGACAACACUCAACAGGACCCAGUACUGGCUUGGAAUGAUGUGUCAUGUAACCACAACAAUAGUUGGAUCUGUGAAAGGCAGGUGUGUUAAGGCUAUCAUUAACAGUUAAUUUGGAGAAAAGCAUGACCCACAUUUAUAAAAUAAUGUUCUCUCUGACCACUCUGUCUCUCUCUCUCUCUCUCUCUCUCGCUUUCACUCCCUCUAACAGUUCCAUCGCUUAAAUUCUUGUUUUACUCUUAAUUUGUUACGUUUGACUGCUCUGAAAUGUGUUUAAUUUACAAAAGUAUUUCCUGUGGUUGGGGAG